GUCGCCGCGACGGUCGCGCGGGAAGCGCAUAAAAGCUGCAAGCAACCCGGCCCGCGCAAACACACAGGCAGGUAACCUGCGCACCUGCGAACGAGUCAGAGCGAUUGCGUAGACCGGAACGUGGCCGCGCACCAGUGAGAAUCGAGAUCCCGCCAUGUCCAGACCCGCUAUCAGCGCGGCAAAACUUCACAGACGAGAAGAGUAAAAGUUAAGGGAGAGACAGCUGAGAGAGAGAAAGAGAGAGAGAAGAGAGAGAGAGAGAGAGAGAGGGAGAGGGAGGAAGUGAGUAUCGAUGUAUCGAAAGUACGGGUGACUCUCGAUGCGGCUGGAGUCGAAGUGGCGCAAUCGUCGGCGAUAUCAUCCCUGUCGAGCACGAUCGUAAGGUAACUGGGACGCUCAAUGGACAGAAACAGUGUUGCACGAUUGGGCACUUUCAAUUGUCUAAUUAUCAGGUCGGAUAUGUUCAGGUAAUACGGCCUGCGAGGUAUUCCAGAGAACACGAGAGAAGUCGAGGUGGAUCGUGCAACGUUUUGCAACAAAAAGGCGCCCGUAUGAUGGUCGGGAUCAUCGACAAAUGCGUGUCGCCUGUAAAGCGCAUGCCACUGAUAUUCAUCUGAAGUGACAAUCAAUAUUCAUCUUAAUGUGACAUCGACGUAAUCCAAAGGCGGGCUCGCGAUUAAUCGUGCAUCGAGAAAGUACGAUGCUUCGGCAUGGCAGUGAAGUGCGUGGAAGGCCCUUUUGUGUUCAGGUUAAACGAGAACAGCACCGGACCGCUUCUGCUUGUACAGGUUUGCACGGAACGCGGAUGGCGGGAGUAUGCCGGCGAAAAUAAUGUAUUCAAAGAUCGAUGGAAUUUAUGGUGGCGGUCCGGCGGUUUCCCCACGUCGCAUUACAGGCCAUUACUCCCCUGGCAGUUUGUCAAUCGGAUACCAAAGGGAAAUUCCAUCUGCCGGAAGGACAAACUGAUACGCCACUUGAAGUGCAUGAAGAAGGUCCACGGUUCAAUUUACGACUUCAGCCCCGCGGGAUACAACUUGCCCUCUGAAUACACAAAACUGGCCGAAGAAUGCAGUCGUUACGAAAAGGAUGAUAAGGUUUGGAUCUGUAAGCCGGUCGGUCAGAGCCAAGGGAGAGGGAUCUUCUUGUUUCGUAAAUUAAGCGACCUGUCAUAUGACAAUGCCGCGGUUGUGCAGAGAUACAUUGAAAAUCCUUUGCUGAUCGGCGGCUACAAAUUCGAUCUUCGCUUAUACGUGUGCGUGCCGUCGUACCGGCCGUUGACGAUCUAUCUGUACAAGGAAGGCUUGGCUCGUUUCGCCACCGAGAAGUUCUCCCUAGAACGUCUGGACGACCCUUUCCGACACCUCACGAAUUUCUCUCUGAACAAACUGGGGCCAGGAUACUCGGAGAAGAAGGAACGCAUCGGUGCCGGCUGCAAAUGGACGUUUCGUCAACUAAGAAGAUACUUCGAGCAGUCAGGAUAUUUCGAUUGGAUUCUAUGGCAGAGAAUCUCGUGUCUGGUGACUCUCACGAUUCUCAGUCAAGUGGCAAGCAUCCCCAGGUCCUCGAAUUGUUUCGAAUUCUUCGGUUUCGACGUGCUGAUCGACGAGAAUCUGAAGCCGUGGCUCUUAGAAGUGAAUUUGAGUCCGGCUUUAAGUAACGACUGUGAAGUCGAUUCGGAAGUGAAGAAACCCCUACUGCACGAUCUGUUUGAUCUAUUAGGUCUUCCAGUGUGUAACACCGGACUAUCCCUGUUCACAAUGUGGUCCUCCGAUCAUCGCAUUGAGGACGAGGACGAAGUGUCUUCCAAAUUCGGUCGUUCUACGAAAAAGAAGUCGAGACUCGGACGGGAAGCCGACGCUUUUUUAAAUCUCUCCCCGGAGACCCGAGCCACGCUGAGACAAUCAACGCCGGAAGUUUGCCCAACUGCCUGGUCUCGUUACAAUCCGCUGUUGAUGGACAAGUGCAUACGCCGUGGAAUUAAGGGAAGUACGAUCGAGGAUCGCGCGUCGCCACCAAUUUGGGAUAACGGCAGAGACUGGAGAACCCCUUGCGUGAGAGAAGGUGGAUGGAUUCGUGUCUGUCCGUUUACCCGAGCAAAGCAUGUCAAAAGUACGGAAUACGCGAGACCGUCGCCCAGAACAAUCGAGAAUGAAAUUAAGAAUAUGGUCUUCUGUAUACGAAAGUACUUAAAAGCCGCAAAAGAAGUGCAACAGAGAAAUGAGAAGUUGAAGGACGAACAAUGCAAUAGCCUUCUGCAAAACGCGCUUGAACUGAACACGGAAGUUUGGCUGCCAGAAAAGUGAAAGUCUAGAAGUCUGCAUUUUCUUCUUUUUUUUCAAUUUCGUCCACGAUUUCCAAAUUUACUUAUUGUCUACUAUGCUUGUUCAUCGUACGGCACUAUUUUACGAGAUACUUCGAACAAUUAUGUACAAUGUAUAUUGUAAUAUAUGCGUCUCUUUGUUCCGACAA